GCCGAUGGCUGCGGGGUCUCGCGCCGCCGCACGGUCCCCACGAGGCAGGCGACCCUCGGGCCCUGGGCGGCGGCGGCUGCCACGAGGCUGAGGAGGGCGGCGCGGCAGGCUGGAGAGUGUCGUCCGCGGCGGGCGCUCGGCCGGGUGAGGCAGGGAGGCCGUGGCAGCGACGCCGACGUCCUGCGCGUACCCCCUCUCCCCGCGGCACCCACCGGGCCCCCUCCUCCUCGGCGGCGGCGGCGGCGGCGGCGGCCACCAUCUUCCUCCUGCUGCCAGUGGUAGCGCUCGUCCGGCCGAGCUGGGGUUGAAAGACACACAGAAGUCUUCAUGGAUAUAGUUGAUACAUUUAAUCAUUUAAUUCCUACUGAACACUUAGAUGAUGCCCUAUUUCUAGGAUCCAACCUGGAGAAUGAAGUCUGUGAGGAUUUUAGUACAAGUCAAAAUGUCUUAGAGGACUCGCUGAAGAACAUGCUCAGCGAUAAGGAUCCUAUGCUAGGAUCUGCAAGUAAGCAGUUCUGUUUGCCUGUUUUGGAUAGCAAUGAUCCCAAUUUCCAGAGGCCUUGUUCAACAGUGGUUGGUCUUGACGAUAUUAUGGAUGAAGGAGUUGUUAAAGAAAGUGGCAAUGAUACCAUUGAUGAAGAAGAACUGAUUUUACCUAACAGGAACUUGAGGGACAAAGUGGAAGAAAAUUCAGUGAGAUCACCAAGAAAAUCACCUCGUUUAAUGGCACAAGAACAAGUAAGAAGUUUGCGACAAAGCACUAUUGCCAAGCGUUCAAAUGCAGCACCUUUAAAUAGCACAAAAAAAGCAUCUGGGAAGACUGUGUCUGCCCCUAAAGCAGGGGUGAAACAACCAGAAAGGUGUCAGAUUAAAGAAGAAGUUUGUACAUCACCGAAACCUGAAUACCAUAAAGAGAGCAGAAGGAGCAGCCGACAUAUUGGACAAAGUGAAGUGGUACCAGAAGUGUCAGUGUCUUCAGGUCAUUCUUCAGUGUCAUCUUGUCUUGAAAUGAAGGAUGAAGCUGGAUUAGAGUCUAAGCAGAAAUGUAAUAAUCAGGGAGAAGCAAAUGUGCCAUCUCAUGAAUUAAAUUGUCCACUCCUUUCAGAAACUUGUGUCAGUAUUGAAGGAAAGAAAAAUGAAGCUCUGAUGGAAUGUAAAAUCAAUACUGUUAGUACCCCAUUGUUUAAGUUUUCAGAUAAAGAAGAACAUGAACAGAAUGAUUCUGUUUCAGAUAAAAUGGAUGAGACUAUCGUUGAAGAAAUGAGGGCAAAGGGAAAAGUUGAACAAGAGUCAAAGGAGACGGUAAAAUUAUCCCACGCAGAUGACCAAAUUAUUGAGAAACCUGCAUCUUGUGCUGCUGUUUCUGGUGUUGCUGCUUGUACAAGUCCAGAUAAGACAGAAAAGAACCCUGUAGAUUUAUCUAGUUCUUUAGAUGAAGUAAAUGAAUGUAAUUUGGAAUUGAAGAAUAACAUGGAAGUUGCUGAUAAAGCUAAAAACUCCCUUCAUAGACAUGAAAUAGAAUCAUUGGGUUAUUGUAAAGACACAGAGUCUAAUGAUAAGCAGUUGGAGAACACUGAAUUUAAUAAAUCAAACUUAGAGAUGGUUAACACUAGUGCUUUUCAACCAGACAGUAAUAUUUUAGAAAGUGCUAUUUGUGAUGCACCUGACCACAAUUCAACACAGUUGAAUAUUGUUGAAAGUGUUAAAAUGGAGUCUCAUGAAACAGCAAACCUUCAGGAUGAUAGAAGCAGCCAGUCAAGUAGUGUUUCUUGCUUAGAGUCCAAAAACGUGAAAUCCAAACAUACAAAACCCGUAGUUCAUUCUAAGCAAAACGUGGCCACAGAUACUCUGAAAAAAAGCGUGGUAGCAAAGCACGAAUUAAUGCAUAACAAAACUAAAGUUAACGUGAAAAGUGUGAAACGAAAUGCUGAUGAACCAGAAUCUCAGCAAAAUUUUCAUAGGCCAGUCAAAGUGAGAAAAAAACAAGUUGAUAAGGAUGCAAAGAUUCAGAGUUGCAAUUCUGGGGUUAAAUCUGUGAAAAAUCAAGCUCAUUCUAUAUUGAAAAAAACAUCACAGGAUCAAAAUUCAGUACAGAUGCCCAAACCCUUCACUCCCUCUUUGAGUGAGAAGCCUCACGGCCACCCCGGUUGCUCUAAGGAGCCUCCUCAUCCCACACCAACUGGACAUUUGUUACCGUCCAGCCAGAAGCAGUGCCAGAAGCCCCUGCAGCAGCCGGCCCCAGCAGGGAAGACCAGUAGCCACGGGAAGGAAGAGCUAGAACAUGCUGGUGGUGUAGAGCAUUUGAAGGAAGAGGAUAAAUUGAAACUAAAAAAAUCUGAGAAGAACCUGCAACCCCGCCAAAGAAGAAGCAGCAGAAGUAUUUCUUUGGAUGAGCCACCGUUGUUCAUUCCAGACAACAUAGCGACCGUGAAGAGAGAAGGCUCCGAGCAGGGCUCUGCUUUGGAAAGCAGAUACAUGUGGACUCCCAGCAAGCAGUGUGGGUUUUGCAAAAAACCACAUGGCAACAGGUUUAUGGUUGGCUGUGGGAGAUGUGAUGACUGGUUUCAUGGUGAUUGUGUUGGGUUAAGUCUUUCCCAAGCACAGCAAAUGGGAGAGGAAGACAAAGAAUAUGUGUGUGUGAAAUGUUGUGCUGAAGAAGAUAAAAAGACUGAAAUAGUAGAUCCAGAUAUUUUGGAAAACCAAGCUAAAGUUGAAGUCCAUAGUGAAGAUAAAACAAUGGAACAUGAGAAGCUUGGGUUAUCAAAGCACACACCAACAAAUGACAAAGCCAAAUAUGUAGAUGAUACAGUGAAGCACAAGGUCAAAAUUUUAAAACGGGAAUCUGGUGAAGGCAAAAGCUCAUCAGAAUGUAGAGAUAGUGAAAUCAAAAAAUGGCAGCUAGCUCCUCUUCGAAAGAUGGGACAACCAGUUUUACCUCGGAGAUCCUCAGAAGAAAAAAGUGAAAAAAUACCAAAAGAGUCUACAACUGUUAUUUGCACAGGAGAAAAAGUUUCCAAAUCAGGUGCUCAUGAGAGGCAAGAGAUGAAAAAGAAGAAAAUUGAAAAGGGAGUGCCUAAUGUGCCUCCUCCUGCUUCUACGUCCAAGCCUUCUGCAGACCAGAUCAGACAGAGUGUCAGACAUUCCCUCAAAGACAUUCUUAUGAAAAGACUUACAGACUCAAAUUUGAAGGUACCAGAGGAAAAGGCAGCAAAAGUUGCCACAAAAAUUGAAAAAGAGCUGUUCUGUUUUUUUCGGGACACAGAUGCUAAAUAUAAGAACAAAUACAGAAGUUUGAUGUUCAAUCUGAAAGAUCCUAAAAACAAUAUAUUAUUUAAAAAAGUACUGAAAGGAGAAGUAACCCCUGAUCAUCUUAUCCGAAUGAGUCCAGAAGAACUAGCUUCUAAAGAAUUAGCUGCUUGGAGACGAAGAGAAAACCGACAUACUAUAGAGAUGAUUGAGAAAGAGCAGAGAGAAGUGGAAAGACGACCCAUCACAAAAAUAACUCAUAAAGGUGAAAUAGAGAUUGAGAGUGAUGCCCCAAUGAAAGAACAGGAAGCAGCCAUGGAGAUUCAGGAACCUGCAGCUAAUAAGUCAUUGGAGAAGACAGAAGGAUCUGAAAAACAGAAAGAAGAGGUUGACUCAAUGUCUAAAGAUACCACUAGUCAACACAGACAGCAUCUUUUUGAUCUUAACUGCAAAAUUUGCAUAGGUCGAAUGGCACCACCUGUAGAUGAUCUUUCUCCAAAAAAAGUGAAGGUGGUUGUUGGAGUAUCUCGUAAACAUUCAGACAAUGAAGCGGAAAGUAUAGCAGAUGCAUUGUCUUCAACCUCAAAUAUUUUGGCUUCUGAAUUUUUUGAAGAGGAGAAACAAGAGUCUCCGAAGUCAACCUUCUCACCUGCUCCUCGUCCAGAGAUGCCUGGAACUGUGGAAGUUGAGUCUACCUUCCUGGCUCGAUUGAACUUCAUCUGGAAGGGUUUUAUCAACAUGCCUUCUGUGGCAAAAUUCGUUACCAAAGCUUACCCAGUGUCUGGCUCCCCUGAGUACUUGACGGAGGAUCUACCAGAUAGUAUUCAAGUAGGAGGCAGGAUAUCACCUCAGACAGUUUGGGAUUAUGUGGAAAAAAUUAAAGCUUCAGGAACCAAGGAAAUUUGUGUGGUUCGCUUCACACCCGUAACUGAAGAAGAUCAGAUUUCUUAUACUUUGCUGUUUGCAUACUUCAGCAGCAGAAAGCGCUAUGGAGUAGCUGCUAACAACAUGAAGCAGGUUAAAGAUAUGUACCUUAUUCCUUUGGGUGCUGCAGAUAAAAUUCCACACCCUCUUGUGCCUUUUGAUGGACCUGGGCUUGAGCUGCAUAGACCUAAUCUGUUGUUGGGCUUAAUUAUUCGUCAGAAACUGAAGCGGCAGCACAGUGCUAGUGCCAGCCACACCGCCGAGACUCCUGAAAGUGUGCCGAUAGCAUUGCCACCUGAUAAGAAAAGCAAAAUAGAAGUUUCCACGGAGGAUGCCCCAGAGGAAGAAAAUGACUUUUUUAAUUCUUUUACAACUGUAUUACACAAGCAGAGAAAUAAGCCUCAGCAAACUCUUCAGGAAGACCUUCCUGCAGUAAUUGAACCUUUAGUGGAGGUAACCAAACAGGAGCCACCAAAACCUUUGAGGUUCCUUCCUGGGGUAUUGAUUGGCUGGGAAAAUCAACCUUCUACUCUGGAAUUAGCAAACAAACCUCUUCCAGUGGACGAUAUACUGCAGAGCCUUUUGGGCACUACUGGUCAGGUAUAUGAACAGGCUCAGUCAGUGACAGAACAAAACACUCUUAAAGAAAUUCCGUUUAUAAGUGAGCAAGCCAACUCCAAAGCAGAGAAAACAGAUACAGUGGAAGUCGCUGACAGUGAAGCCAAGGAAGUAAAGGUUAACGUAGAUGAUCAUUCAGAAUCUAUAGGUAAUUCAGUGGUGGCAGGAGAAGAAACAUCAGUAAUGGGGUCCUCUUCCCUUUCUCCUGGGCCAUUGACAAAUCUUAGUCUCAGAGGUAAACCACCAGAUGUUUCUACAGAAGCAUUCUUAACAAACUUAUCAAUUCAGUCAAAACAAGAGGAAACUGUGGAGAGUAAAGAGAGAACCUUAAAAAGACAGCUGCUACAAGAUCAAGAGAGUAAUUCGCAAGAUAAUCGGACUUCAAAUACUAGUUCUCCGUGCAGGUCUAAUGUAGGAAAAGGAAACACAGAUGGUAAUGUGAGUUGCAGUGAAAACCUUGUUGCUACGACAAGGUCCCCGCAGUUUAUCAACCUGAAAAGGGAUCCUAGGCAAGCAGCAGGACGAAGUCAGCAGAUCACGGCUUCAGAAAGCAAAGAUGGAGAUAGUUGCCGGAAUGGAGAAAAACACACCCUGCCUGGUCUUUUACAAAAGGAGCAUGUAACAGAGCAAGUCAAUGUAGAGGAAAAGUUGUCUUCUGUGGAGAAAAACUCAUGUGUUCAGCAGAGUGAUAAUUCAGGAGUUGCACAAAACUCACCAUCAGUAGAAAACCUACAUACUUCUCAAACAGAACAAGCAAAACCCUUACAGGAGGAGGUUUUAAUGCAAAAUAUUGAAACUGUACACCCAUUUCGAAGAGGAUCGGCAGCGGCAACAUCUCAUUUUGAACUUGGAAACACAUGUCAAUCAGAAUUUCCUUCUAAAAGCAUCAACUUUGCUUCCAGAAGCACCAGCCCCAGAACAAGUGCAAACUUUUCCCCCAUGAGGCCACAGCAGCCCAACCUUCAGCAUCUCAAGUCUGGCCCCCCUGGAUUUCCAUUCCCAGGACCCCCUCAGCUCCCCCCACAAGGCAUGUUUGGAUUCCCACCACAUCUGCCACCUCCGUUACUCCCCCCUCCAGGCUUUGGCUUUCCUCAGAAUCCCAUGGUUCCCUGGCCACCUGUUGUUCAUCUGGCAGGCCAGCCGCAGCGUAUGAUGGGUCCCCUUUCACAAGCAUCACGGUAUAUAGGCCCACAAAAUUUUUACCAGGUUAAAGACAUUCGGAGACCAGAAAGGCGCCAUAGUGACCCUUGGGGUAGGCAAGACCAACAGCAACUGGAUAGGCCGUUUAACAGGGGUAAAGGGGAUCGCCAGAGAUUUUAUAGUGAUUCACACCACUUGAAAAGAGAGCGACAUGAAAAGGAAUGGGAGCCAGAAUCUGAAAGGCAUAGACGCAGAGACAGAACCCAAGACAAGGACAGAGACAGAAAAAGCAGGGAGGAAGGGCAUAAAGAUAAAGAGAAGGCUCGGCCAUCACACGGUGAUCGAGGCGUAGACGGGAAAGCAAGCCGAGAUGGCAGGAGUGUAGACAAGAAACCAGAUAAACCUAAAAGUGAAGACCACGAGAAGGACAAAGAGCGAGAGAAAAGUAAACAUAGAGAUGGAGAAAAGGACAGAGAUAGGUACCACAAAGAUAGGGACCACACUGACAGAGCGAAAAGCAAAAGGUAAAGUUUGCAGGCUGCUUCAAGAUUGCAUUUAAACAACUGUUAAAUGUUGUAUCUUACAGACUUUACGAUUGCCUGCUAGGAUUGUGCCAUCUUUUAAAUUUUUAAUAUUGGUGGUUUGCAGAACAAUAAAUUCUGUGUGUUGGUGCAGAGCGCUCUGUGCCAGUGCUCAUCAUCCCUUCUUCACACCACUGUCCCUAGUUAUAGGAAUUUAAUAUUUUUAAAAGUUUUACAUUGCUGUAUAUUCAAAGAUUUGUUUUAUUAAUAUGCAAUAAAGGCUUAGAAAUUUUAGUUUUAUUUCUUAAUUGGUAAAUAUGGUUAACUAUGGAAUAUAUUUACUGCCUCUAGUGAAUGUCCUUUAUAUACUGACUAAUUUGAGAGUAACGUGUGCUCUGUAAGUUUGUUUUAAAUUGCACUGUUUUUACAGAAACUGUAGAGGAGCAACAAAAAGCCAAGCAACUUCAUAAUCGGAUUAUAUUAAUCAUUUAGUUGAGCAAUUUUUGACCAAGAAUCAGAAGCCCAAGGAGUACAUUUAUUGCUUUAAUUUCCACUCAUUGAAGGCAUUUAUUACCAUAUACUACAGCUUUGUGGUAGGCAUUAUUUUCCUUUUCCUUUUUGGCUCUUCGGAAACUUGAAUACUUCAGCUUGUACAUGAUCUUGUGUUUUGCUAUCCUUUUUACUGUAAAAUGUAAAUAUUUUAAGGGAUAUUUUGAUUCUAAAUAUGAUAAAAGAAUUUCUCACCUAUUUUGUGUGUGUGAUUUGAAAUUCGGUAGUAAAACAAUUUCUUCUUUAAAGCUUUAAUUACCUUCAGACAUUUUUAUUCUCUUACUCAGCCAAGAACGUAGGCAUAGCUAUGUCGAGCAUUAGAUGAGGGAGAAAAACGAUUUCUUUAUCUUAGGUUAUAGGCUGUGGAGAUAAGUCAUGUAGUUCUGAAGAGGCUAGAAUUUAGAACUACAGCUGAAAAACUGCCGCUAAAGCCCACUUUCUAGGUAUGUUUCUGAAAAGUGGUGCGCCGUCAAAAUUUGGUACACUAAUCAUUGUAAGACCACAGAACUUUGUAUAUAAGAGAAACGUGAAUCUUUUUGUAAAAUGUGUAAUUAACCCUAACUUGUUUGGGGGUCACUCUACAAUUUCAUAUUCUAGUUUUGCUUGAAAUACAAUCACAUGGAGGCUAUUGGUAAUCCACACUUAAGUUAAUUUACACUCUAAAGGACAUACUGUUUUGAUUGCUGUAAUUUAAAGCAAUAGCUACCAAAUGAUACUAACACUUGAGACCAAAAAGAGAAAAACCAGUGUUUUUACUUACCUAUAUUAAUGAAGAAAAAUAUGAAUGACUUCACGAAAUUAAGGUAAAGUUUGUUUUCUUAAAAUUAGAGUUAAAAAUAGGUUUUGAAACUGAAUCAGCCUUGCUUUUCUCACUGGAGAGAAGAGGAGCAGAAAUUCAAAACCACACAUUUUGUCUAGUUUGCAACAACUCUAUACCCUUUUUUUGUCAUUCUUCUCCUCUGAAAUUUAUCAUCAUGAAAGUUCUGAAACAGAGGACUUGUAUUAAAAUAAAGUUUGUUUAAUUUUGGUCUACUUUUCAUUUGCAAAUUGUUAGAAAACAAGUUAGUCUGCAAACGGACAAAACCUAAGGUCAAUCAUCUUACACCAUUAUGAAGAAAUUGUUGUCAAUGUUUUACCAAAACAACCCCACCUCAAAUCCAAAAAAUUAGCUUUGAUUUCAGAUGUGUGUGUUGUGAGUCUGCUUUCACUGAUGUCUCUGGUUGGGGGUUGAUCAUACCCCGGAGUUCUUUUGCAGGGUACAAGAGGAAUGGCUUCACGAGCGGAAGAAAGCCUCCACGUCAGUUUUCGAUGACCUCUGAGGCAGCUGUUUCUUAUACAUAUUGUUGUGAUGCUUACUUUAAAAUUCUUCCUUCACAUCUCCUUGGAUCUUGAUACAUCCCAUGUAGAUCGCUAUUAGUGAUGACUGGCUCCUGGAUUACAGGGCCAGUGAAUGUUAGAACCAGGUCUCCUAACCCCGCCCGUUGAUAAUGUUGUGGGGAGCAGCUUUGGGCAUAUCGACUGCUUGAGGUUCUAACUCGUGAGGACAGAAAGGGAAAAUGAGAGAAGUUUUCAGUGAAUAGUAGACCCAAAGGCAUUCUCAGUCUUUAAGUCUCACCUACAACCAGCUUUACAAAACAAGCUAGUCAGUUAUAUGAAGUUCAUCUUUCAGUUUCUCCUGUUUUAAGGAAAACUUGCUCUAAAAACAGUUCAAUGCUUUUUGAAAUUUAGAACCAUCUUAAGAUAGUUUAUACAUUCCUCUACUGAGUAAAGUGUAGGCGGUAUCUCUGCCUAGGAAGUUCCCUCCUUGUAAUCCUGUGGCAGUAAGAAAGCCCGGGACCCUCUGUGUGUUAGACCUUGUGCCGAGCGCUUUAUAGAAACCUUGGUCGGCCUGAAAGGCGGAGACUUAUCUUAGGGCUGAGGUAACUGGUACUUAGAAAAGUUGAAAAACUUGCCCAAGGUUAGACUGCUGUUGUCAGAGCUGGAACUGGCUCAGUUCUGCUUUUCUCCACAGUCCUUGUGCAUGGCAGUUGUGGGAUCUCUCAGUCUGAGGACUGAGAACCGGGUAGAGGACAAAGCCUGGUCAUUGUGGGUACCUUCCACAACCCUUUCUCUCCCAGUGCCGCCGGCCUGUCUGAACCCUUCCUGAGCAGCCCGACUCCUCAGAGUGAGCAGGAAGACACAGCCCGCCCCCUGUGGGUUCCUGUGCAGGUCUGCAAGCUCAUAUCAAAUCCUCGCUCUCCAGUCCUCUUUUAUUAGUUUUCUGUUGCUGCUGUGACAAAUUAUUACAACCUUAGUGGCUUAAAACCACACAAAUUUAUCUAACACUUGUAUAGAUUGGAAGUCUGAUGUGGAUCUCAGUGAGUGUCAGAAGGCUGCAUUCCUUCUGGAAGCUCUAGGGGACAACGCAUCUCCUUGCCUUUUCCAGCUCUAGAGGCCCGCCACUUUCUUUUCCAUCUUCAAAGCCAGCAUGGGGCAGAGUCUUUCUCAUGGUGCUGUCUCUGACCCUCCUUUCUGACUCCCUCUCUACUUUUACGGACCCUUGUGAUGACAUUGGGUCCACCUAGAUAAUCCAGGAUAAUCUUCCUAUUUUAAGGUCCACUAAUUGUCAACCUCAAUUCUAUCUGUGACCUUAAUUCCCCUUUGCUGUGAAAUCUCACAUGUUUCCAGGUUCCAGGGAUUGGAAUGUGGACAACUUUGGGGCCAUUAUUCUAUUUAGCACAGCUCUUGACUUGCUAAUUGUAGCUUAGUUGUGAGUGAACUAAUGAAUCUUAAGUGUUUGGAGUUAGAAAAUAUCUAAGGCCAUAGUAAAUACGUUUAAAAGUUAAGAAAAAUAAUACCAACAAUAGGGAAGAGAAUGGAAUGACAACUUAAGCUGCGUGCAUGUUAACGUGUGUAUAUGCGUUUGGAUUAACAUAUAAACCUACUUAAGUGGUAAAUUUAUGAUCAGCUGUUCUUUUUAAUAGAAGCUGUAUUUUUAAAGAAGAAUAUGAAUCAAGUUUAAAAGCGUUAUGAGAGCUUGCAAAUGAAUGAGAUCUUAUUAAAACAAAUAGUUUAUUUAAUUUCCACAUUCGAAUAUACCAGUUGCGCUAUUCCCAUCUUUUCAGAUCCCUCUAAAACUGAUCAGGUGACCACUCACUGGUGACAGAAAGGGCAGUAGACAUACUCACCACUUGACUUUUGUCUCCCAAAGCAAAUCACGAAUAAAAUUGGUUGCUGCUUUUAAAAA